AUGUUCGAGCGACGUGCGGCAGACCGCUAUCACCUUCGAAUGCACCGCGCCCGGUCGGCAGUGCUGACCUCGGAUGAGAUGGUCGAAGUGCGCGCCGCUCAGCGCACCUUUGAAGGCGCCUACGUCCGCACAGCCCUCUCUCAAUUCUCUUUUGCCCUCGUCGUCCUCAAAAUCUUCACAGCCGAGUUCUACAGCAUCGGUGCCUUGUUCGCCAUCUACGGCACGGGCGUCCUGAUCAUCGGCCUCUUUCGUCGCUCGCAAGGAAACCGGCAAUUUUUCUCCGAGCUGGGGGACGAUGGGAUUCAUCGCCAUAAAUUCCGGACCAGUGGCAAUGCUGUGUUGGUUUUAACCGCCCUCAGUGUCGCUGCAUAUGUAUGUUUGAUUGGCCUGACGGUCAACUUGGGACAUUGA